AUGGCUGACAAGCAACUGAUUUUCACAGCGGGCCACAAGAUGCUGUCGGCUUCAGAAAUGGCCGAGAAGGAGUAUUGCAAAUUCCACAAUUUGUGGAAGCAUUGCACUAAUAAUUGUGUUAUCUUCCGCAACAUUGUGCAAAAGGCAAUCGAAGAUGGCCAUUUUAAGUUUCCAGAAAAAUCAGAAGUCAUGGGUGUUGAUGGAAAUCCUUUCCCCAAGGUUGUUGCAACAAAUGUUGCUUCCAUGGUUCUGGAGCAUUCCAAAAAGGAGGUGGACUUGGUAAAUCCAGUGACCAGUGGAAAGUUGGAAAUUCCAAAGGCGGCAACAUUUAUGGGGAAGACAGUAGCUAAGUUGGAGAGGCAACUCCGAGAGGCCCAGAUUGCUUUAAUCUAA